UAUGCUUAUAGAUGAGCAUAUAAAUCAAGCGUUCCAUCAAUUUUGGCCAGUUUUACAAAUUUGGUGCUCAACUGCACAUGCUCCGAAAAUGUUUCAGUUGUCAACGAUCACAGCUUUUCUUGUAGUUUCCUUAGCACUGCCCAAGAAUUUGCUAGCUCAGUGUGAUGUCUGCCAGACUGAGGUUCGAGCUGCAUGCCAUAGUGAAACCACAUUUUCGAUUUGCAUAAAUGGCGUUCCAUCUAAGGAUUAUAUAGAAUGUCCCAAAGACUAUCAUUGCACUGGCGGUAAAUAUAUAUGCUAUCCGAAAUCGACUGACGAGGCGAAUUGUGUUCCUAAUAAAACCCCUCAGGAUCCAGACACUCUCUGUCAAGAUAUCCAAAAAACUAGCCAAUUGACAAAUGAAUCGGACCCCACAUGUGCUACAUAUAUCCAGUGCGCGCUUAUCAAUGGAGUCUGGAUGGGUCGUGAACGAGAGUGUACAUCAGGGACGUGGUUUAACGGCAAGUUCUGUACGUCUCCUAAACCAGACUUUUGCACUUAAGCAAAUUACCUGCAUAUCAAAAUUAUGAAAUAUGUAUACUAUAUUAUUUACAUAUAUU